AUGGCUCGAUUCCGGAGUGCCCGCAACGGCAGCUACUGCCAACUCACCUACCCGGUCACCUCCAAACCUAAGAAGAGGGACCUCAUUGAGCAGCUGAAACGGCAUGGCUAUCGUGCGAAGACACGUCUGACGCACGCACAGCUCCUCGAGCUCGUUCAUGCGAACGUCCACGAAUACAUAGAAUUCCGCAAAAUACGCCUCUCAAAGCUCGAGCGGUUUGCGCAUGCCCGAGGCCUGGAGCUACCUGAGGAGGCCACCAAGGAUGCACUUGUUCCUGUUCUCAUAAAGGCAGACAACGAGCGGCAGUUCUCCAAGAUCUUCGACCUCCCACCGGAGCUCCGCGUCCUCAUCGAGGAGUUCCACCUGAGUGAUUUCGCCCGAAGGUGGGGCCUCCUCUGUCUGAACCAGCCUCCACUCGCGCGCACUUGCCGACUUCUUCGGAACGACGUUCUGCCACUCUUUUACAGCCAUUGUAAAUUCAUCAUCUCAUUCGACAUCGAGAGAGCUCCCGCGUGUGUGCCUGGGGAUGAGGACACACCAGGAGAGCUGGUCUUGACCCAGGCGACACAGAAAUUUGGAGAGCAUCCCGACUCCGUACAUCAAGAAUCUUUGUGCCCUCGAGGUUGA